GACAGGAGGGGCUGGGAAGACCUGUCCAAAGAAGUGAUUCUUGAACAAAGGCCUGAACAAAGUGAGCCAUGCAACCAUAGGAGAGAAGAAUACUCCAAAGAAUGGCACUGAGUAGUGCUAACAGAACCAAGCCUGAAGGCAGACUCUCUAGGUUCAAAACUGAGAUGUGGUAAAAGACCCAUUUUUGAGGAAGGAACUCAGUAUUCCAGAAUCAUAGGGGGGAUGGAGGCUGAGGUGGGUGAGUUCCCAUGGCAGGUGAGUAUUCAGGCAAGAAACGAACAUUUCUGUGGUGGCGCAAUCAUCAACGAGUGGUGGAUUGUCACUGCUGCUCACUGCUUAUUUUAUGAAGAGCUAUCUCCAAUGGACUUGAGUGUUGUGUUGGGAACAAAUGACUUAAGAAGCCCAUCCUUGGAAAUAAAGAGGGUUACCAGCAUAAUUCUUCACAAGGACUUUCAAAGAGCCAACAUGGACAAUGACAUCGCCUUGCUGCUGUUGGCCUCGCCCAUCACUUUCAGCGGUUUGAAAGGGCCCAUCUGCCUUCCCAGGAAGCUCAGCCCCUCCAUGUGGCACAAAUGCUGGGUGGCAGGAUGGGGUCAGACCAACACUGAUGACAAAAACUCUAUGAAAACUGAUCUGAUGAAAGUGCCAAUGAUCAUCAUGGAUUGGAAGAAAUGUUCAAAGGCAUUUCCGAGACUUACCAAGAAUAUGCUGUGUGCUGGAUAUGAGAAUGAGAGCUUUGAUGCUUGCCAGGGUGACAGUGGGGGGCCUCUGGUGUGCACCACAAAAUCUGACAAGAACUGGUACCAGGUAGGCAUCAUCAGCUGGGGCAGGAGUUGUGGACAGAAGAACACUCCAGGAAUAUACACCUUGUUAGAAAAUUACAACCUCUGGAUCAAGAAUGUGACCGAGAUAGAGGGAAGGCCCUUUAAUGCUGAGGAAAUUCAAUCUCCUCCCAAUAGGAAACGACUGAGGUCCCACACUGCAGAAUUUCCAGAGACAGGCAGCCCCAGAUUCUGGCUCCUGAUUUCCCUUCUGUCCUAUAUGCUAUUCUAGGUCAUUUUCUACUGAUAAUAAAGCAGAUGCUAUUCCUUACAAGGAAA